CGCUCAUGCUCACCUUCACGCCGCUGGCGGGCGCGGCGUGCUCGAACCGGACGACGCCCCUCUGCUUCAUCUUACAAGUUGACGAUGUCAAAAUUCUGCUUGACUGCGGCUCUCCGGAUUGGUCCCCAGAGCCAUCCACGUCGGAGGUGAAGGUGGAGGACACCAGUUAUUCAUGGGAGGAGUACUGUAGUAUCUUACGACAGCAUGCCGCCAGCGUUGACCUUGUUCUCCUCUCGCACGGAGACCUGCAGCAUUCCGGCUUGUAUCCCUAUGCGUAUUCGAGAUGGGGUCUCAAGGCGCAAACGUACACCACGCUCCCCGUUCAAGCCAUGGCGCGCAUAGCUGCUGCAGAAGACGUGGAAGGCUUGCGCGAUGAGGAAGACGUAGACGCUGAAGGUCUUCUCGUCCCGGAGGCCACUCAACCCACGGAGGAGCAACCGGAAGGCCAAGAGGAAGGCGAGAAGCAAGAGCCAAAGAUGCGAAAGCUGAGGGGGAAGUAUGUUGCCACACUUCAAGAAGUACAAGACGCGUUCGACUCCGUCAAUGUACUUCGGUACUCCCAGCCUUGUCAUUUGCAAGGUAAAUGCCAGGGGAUCACCAUCACCCCUUUCAACGCUGGCCAUACUCUCGGAGGCACCAUAUGGAAGAUACGAUCCCCCUCGUCUGGUACAAUCCUCUAUGCCGUCAACAUGAACCACAUGCGAGAGCGCCAUCUAGACGGCACGGUCCUUAUUCGUCAAGCUGGUGGUAUCUUCGAACCCCUUGCAAGACCGGAUUUGUUCAUCACGGACGCCGACCGCGCCAAUGUCAUCACCAGUCGACGAAAGGAUCGAGACGCGUCCCUCAUCGAUACUGUCACCACUGCAUUAUCAUCCCGCUCAUCUCUACUCCUUCCCUGCGAUUCGGGCACACGACUGCUGGAGUUGCUCGUCCUCCUCGACCAGCACUGGAACUACUCCCGAUUGCGCUACCCCAUAUGUCUUGUUUCAAGGACAGGAAGGGAGAUGCUCACAUUCGUGCGGAGUAUGAUGGAGUGGCUUGGUGGUACUAUUAGCAAGGAGGAUGUCGGAGAGGACGGUAUGAAGGGACGACAUGGCAACAAGAGGAAGCGCGCGGACGAUGACAAUGAUGAGGACGCGUUGGGUGCUUUCGCGCUACGCUUCCAGCACCUCGAGUUCUUUCCGACACCACAGGCUCUGCUGCAGACGUACUCGUCGAAGGACCCCAAGUUAAUCCUUGCCGUGCCUCUCAACUUGUCUCAUGGACCAUCACGCUCUAUCUUUUCCGAGUUUGCUGCCAUUCCCGACAAUGUUAUCUUGUUGACUCAGCGCGGGGAUCCUGGUACCCUCGCUCGCGCCCUCUUUGAGAAGUGGAAUGACUCCCAGCGAGCGGAAGCCAAAUGGGACAAGGGCAAGGUCGGCAGCAAUGUCAUGCUCGACGAUAACCUCACCUUGAAGAUGCGCCGCAAAGUCCCUCUCCAGGGCGACGAGCUCGAAGCCUACCUCGCCAAAGAACGCGCCGCCAAAGAAAAAGAGGCCGCCCAACAAGCCGCCGCAGCGCGCAACCAGCGCAUGCUCGAAGCCGACGAGGGCGACUCCGAAUCCGACUCCGACUCCGACGGCGAGGACGACGCCUCCGAAAAGGCCUUCAACGAAGAAGUCAUGGACCUCGAUGCCGAGCGGCGCAAGGGCGAGGCCGAUUGGGCCGGGCUGGACGGCGAUGACGAGCACCCGAAGCAACUCGUGUCGUUUGAUAUCUACCUUAAGGGCAAUGUCUCGAAGGCGACGUCGUUCUUUAGGAAUGCGGGCGCGGCAGCGCAGCAGAGGUUUAGGAUGUUCCCGUAUGUGGAGAAGAAGAGGCGGGUGGAUGAGUAUGGGGAGACGGUGGAUGUGGGGAUGUGGUUGCGGAAGGGGAAGGUGUUUGAGGAGGAGGCGGAGAGCGAGGAGGUGAAGGAGGCGAGGCGGAAGCAGCAGGAAGAGGAGGAGGCGAAGAAAGCGAUCUUGGAGCCUCCAUCAAAGUUCGUCGAGACGGAGGUCGAGGUGCAGAUGGCUUGCCGGCUCCUAUUUGUAGACAUGGAGGGUUUGAACGAUAGUCGUGCUGUGAAGACGAUCGUGCCCAAGGUCAACCCGCGCAAGAUGAUAAUCGUACACGCUACUUCGGACGCGGCCGACUCGCUCAUCGAGAGCUGUGGCAAUAUCCAAGCCAUGACGAAGGACAUCUACGCGCCCGAGUUUGGCCAGAGCGUCCAAAUCGGUCAACAAACAAGCAGCUUCUCCAUCUCCAUCAGCGACGAGUUGCUCGCCUCCUUGCGCAUGUCUCGCUUCGAGGACAACGAAGUGGGAUACAUCACCGGCCGCGUCGUCAUGCACGCCACGACGCUGCUCCCCACCCUCGAGCCCGCCGCAAAAACCGCCGCGGCCGCCACGCGCCUGCCUCUCCGUGCGCCUCGCGUGCUCGGCUCUCGCCCUGCCGCGCAGCUGCCGCGCUCGACCAUGAUCGGCGAGCUCAAGCUCACCGCGCUCAAAGCGCGCCUCGCGCAGGUUGGCGUGCACGCGGAGCUAGUGGGCGAGGGUGUGCUCAUCUGCGGCGUGACGCAUCGGAAGGGCGACGGUGCGGAUCCGCUCGCGGAGAGCGUUGCGGUGCGGAAGACGGCGAGGGGGAAUGUGGAGAUGGAGGGGAAUGUGUCGGAGACGUACUAUGCGGUGAGGAAGGAGAUCUAUAACUUGCAUGCACUUGUAUCGGCGUAGGGUGUAUAUGAACUUUGACUUGCUGUUCAGAAAAGUGCUUUGCUGGC